AUGAGCCAGCUGCAGAAUGGUACCGCGCCUGCAGAGGGACCGCCAAUGCCCCCGCAGGUCCCGAAACCUUUCGUUGACGUAGCCAAUGGGAAGUGGCCGAAUCCGGAGGAGCUUGGCCAAGCGAUAACGUGGCUAGACGCGACCAAAGAUAAUUUCCUGCGUACUCGUGGUAAACGAGCCUUGCCGUUCAUCGUCAUCCCCUACAUCGAAAUGCAGGAGUGGCACACCGUCUUCAGAGAGCUCUUGGUCUAUAUCACCAACCUCUCGGACAAGAUGCCCGUGCUCAUAUGUGGAAUCAGCUUGCAGGCUGCGCAAAAUAUGGCAAACGCUCUAUGGACGUGUCUGCAGCAAAGGGUGUUCUUGGAGUCGAGAGCAAACAACGGCGACUGCUACAUGCUGAAAUUGGCACACGUCCGUGCCAUACGUGAGGCAUGGCGCGGUUGGACAAACAGCUAUCGCAGGUACGAGGCCCUGGAACUCCAACGGCAGCAGCACCAGAUGUCGAUCUCCCAAGCACCUCAACCCGCCGAUCUCGUUGCGAAUGGCGCUCAAUCACCCGUUGCGGGACCUUCCACUUCCGCCUCCGCCGCAGCGACCCCCCUAGAUGCGACCUACGAGUCAGAUGGGCUCGCAGAACUGACUAACCUUUUCGAACUCCUAUGA